AUGUCAGAAGUUAAUGACAUAAAGUACAUUAUAACUAAUAAUGAUACCAAUCCAUCACAAAGAUUAUCAAAAAUUGGUUUAUAUUUUAUUGGAAUAACAGGAGGUAUUGCAACAGCUAUCAGUAUAAUAUGCAUUCCGUUUGGUGAGCCCAGCCUUUCGGAAAAUAUGUUUACCCUAGUACCAGCUACAUCUCAACAAGUAAAAAAUGUAUUACAAGCCUUAGAAGGACGUACUGGAUCAUUAAUUGAUCUUGGCAGUGGAGAUGGACGCAUAGUUUUUGCAACAGCAAAAGCUGGAUUCAAAGCUCAUGGUAUUGAAUUAAAUCCAUGGUUGAUAUGGUACUCUCAGAUUGAAAGCAUUAUUACAGGAUCAUCAUCUAAGAACACUUUUAUAAAGCAAAAUUUAUGGAAACACAAUCUGAAGAAUUAUGAUAAUAUUGUUAUAUUUGGUAUGGCAGAUGUAGAAAAAAAGUUCAUGAGAGAAUUAAAGAAAGACUGUGUUAUAGUUGCUUGUAGAUUUCCACUUCCUAAUAUGAAUAUAAUCAAAGUAACAGGCAAUGGAGUUGAUACUGUUUGGGUGUACAAGGUUUCAACAAAAAUUUAGAUUAUUCAAUUAAGGUAUUUAUAACAAUUGUGAAUAUUAAUGCAUCUGAAAAACGAUGUAUAAAAUAUUCUAUUAUAUUUAUGUUUAGGUGAUAUAUAUUAUCUUACACAGUUGCUUGUAAUAAGGUAAAUAAAUAAUUUCUUCUGUGUCA